UUGAGGACUAACCUUUAAGUUUGCCAUGUCGAGUAUAUUUUCGUAUCAUUGGGCGUUCGUGCUUUGACAACAUGGCUGGACUCGUGCUGAGACGAUGUGUGAGCAGAACUUUACUGUCAGCACCCGGAGCCACAGGCGACCGGAGCAGAGGGGCAACCCGGAAAUACUGGACAACUUUGAGAAGGACCGCCGCUGCCCUGACCGGCGGAGGAGCGGCUUUCCUCCUGGGGAUCCCCGCGCUCUCCUGGUUGCCUUUGGAAGCUUAUCACAGAGUACAGAGGUCAACCGCGGUCUACGCUUUAGAAAAAGAGCAGGUCUUGGAGCAGGCGGACUACCUGUACAGCUGUGGAGAGACGGAGAAGCUGUACCAGCUGCUGCUGCAGUACAAGGACAGUGAAGAUGCUGAGUACCUGUGGAGGCUGGCACGGGCCUCUCGCGACCUGGCCAUGGUGCCCGACACGGAGGCCAGAUUGAAGAAGCAGCUGUUUUAUGAUAGUUUGGAAUAUGCAAAGAAGGCCUUGGAGAAGGAUGACAAGUGUUUCGCGGCACACAAAUGGUACGCAGUGUGUCUCGGCGAUGUCGGGGAGUACGAGGGAGUCAAGGUGAAAAUUGGAGAUGCAAACAUCAUUAGAGAACAUAUGGAGCGAGCUGUUGAACUCAACCCCAGAGAUGCCACUUCCUUAUAUAUUUUAGGUUACUGGUGCUUUGCGUUUGCUGAGCUGCCUUGGUAUCAACGCAAGUUGGCGGCCGUUAUUUUCGCUACACCCCCCCAGUCCACAUACGAGGAGGCUUUGGAAUUCUUCCUGAAAGCUGAAGAAGUCGAUCCCAACUUCUACAGUAAGAACCUGCUGAUGCUCGGGAGGACCUACAUGGGCAUGCAGGACAAGGAGCUGGCGCUGUUCUACCUGACCAAAGCGAAGGAGUACCCUGCCCACACACUGGAAGACAAAGAGGUCCACAAAGAGGCUGUUGACCUCUUGAAGAAACUGGGAUGAACCCUGUAUCUAUCGGCCGAGUGGAACACGGCGCCUUUGGAGACGGUUAAUAAUUCCUAACACAUGUUCUCUUUUUCCAGCUGAUUCUGUAAUUAAUACAAUAUAAUUGUGAAAUAAUUCAGCUGAUUUUGAACCUGUACCGUUUGAUAUUUUAAGUGUUUGGGGGGGUAUCUGCUCUUUGCUUCUCCUCAUGCCCGAGUACCUCUUACGGCGACCUUUCUGACCUCUAGCUGAAGGUUUCAGGGUGAGCCCGUGCUGUUAGCUGGGCUGAAUGUUUAAUCAAAUAGUUGCACUCUGAAAACGAGACGCGGUCAAGAUAAAAGUGGGACAGUGCGGCUCACAGCGGCUUGUGCUUAGUGGUGAAACAUUGCAUAUUGUAAAUGAACAUUUUAGAACUUGUUAUUUUAAAUUGAAGGAAUGCAACAACUUUCAUUCUCAACCCUCAUCUGUAUGUCAAAUAUUCACACCGACAACCGGCUUCUCAACGUAAAUGUCAGAUCUAUUAAAGUACACGCUUUUAAAGUCUUUUUUUUUUUAAAGAUCAAAUCGUAAUGGUUGCUGCUCCUUCACAUGCAUAUGGCGAACUGGCUUAAUGAGGCCAUAAUAAAUACUGUUGUGACAUCA